ACGAGUGGUGGGCGGGUACAGUAAUGGACCCAUGGCGCAAGUGUCGGAAGGAUCGCAUGCGGGGUAUCACUUCGAAGAGUUCUAUCCGGAAGAAGAUGGUGUGGUGUUUGGUGCGAGUUGUCACUUGACAACAUGAAGCGGGCCAUCGAAGGGAAUCACUUGAACGUCCAAGACGGCAAGCGCCGCCUACGCAGUAAUGGUUGGAUGUUCACGAGUGCCGAAGUUCACCUCGCGGCGAUCCAAGAUGAGCACCCUCGAGUUACAAGUACCCCUCGACCUGCGCUGACACGCCCGCUUGUCCAGCAUGCUGCCAACAACCCCCAGAUGGUCGCAGCGUCUUUGAUCGGAGCAUCACUCGCCCCUUCUCCCUCGAAUCUUCCGGUGAAGAAAGCCUCGCGGUCAGGGCUGAUCAACCAAGUCAUGCAAUCUCGGAAAGCCAAAGUUGCCUCAAAGCGUGCCGACACGUCCAAACACUCCGCGUCUCAAACACCAGCUUCACCCGUCGCCGUUGGAGUGCGUCGUCCUCGUGCAAGUUCCCCGCGCUCGUUGCCCCUACUCCUUCCAUCGCCAGUCACAGCUAGUGGCAAGACACCUCCCACGACAUCGCCUUUCUAUGGGUUUACGUCUCCUCGCCAUGUAUCCGGCAGUAUCGCCGCGGAUGUGGACCUACUCCUUAACAGCACACCCAUCGUGUAUGCUUUUUCCAGUCCUCGCCACGCUACGCCGCCUUUUGUGACGAAUGUGUCGAUUCACUGUCAAUCCCGAUCUUCACCUUGCUAUACCCCACCGCCGUCGUCCCCACUUCGUCCCAUCUCCGCAGACUCGUCCGUGCUGCCUUACCCACUCACGUGGACACCGGAACCUUCGCCCAUCGCCUAUCGAGGCACGCUGUCGCCGUCAGUGCAGCCCCUGUUUUCGCGCCUGUCCACCCAGGAUGGUCAAGUUAAUCAGCGAAGAAUGGCCAUUGCGUUCCGUCAAAUCACCACUCCUUCCCCGUCGAAGAAGCGGAAACUGUCGCAUCGUGCGGCGGCGUUGCAGCACAGGCCGCCUCGUCCGACCACGCGCUCGUCGUUACGCCUGUUGUAGUAUUCACUUGCGUUCAUUAAAGUCUAUUUUGUUCCCCCGA